AUGACCUUUGCAAUGCCGAGCACCCCUACCUUGAAUCAAGACUUUGACGAUGCCAGGGACGAGUUCCUGUACCAGCUUGCGGACGAGGACAGGAAUACCUUUCGUGGCAUGGAUACACGUGAACAGCUACACAACUAUACAGCGCAGCUCGUGGAGGCCUCUCAAUUCAAGAAGAGACCCGCUGUGAAGAUACUACGGAUAGUAGUGUUGCUAACUGAGGCCCUUGCGCCUUAUUUCGAGGCGCUUGAACUUGUCACACAGGGCGUCUCAGCAUAUGCCUCCAUGGUCUGGGGAUCUAUAUCCCUAAUUCUCAAGAUGGCAAGCCGCUUUCCUGCUUUCUUCACCAAGCUGGGUGACCUUUUGCAAGAAGUGUCGGCACGUAUUCCUGCUUACCAAAAACUUCUCGAACUCACCAAAUCGGACGCUUCUCCGUGUGAGCGACCACCAUGGAACGAUGCACUGAGCUUGUCCCUUCACAGGUUAUAUGCUGAUCUUUUCGAUCUUUUCGGCAACCUGGGUAAAGUUUUUACCCAAAAAGACGCAAGACUGGGGAAAACAUCUUUGGUCGUUACUCAUCUACUUUGGCAUCCUUUCGAAGCUCGGUUCGAAAACUUCCUGAAGAAACUCGCUGUCCACACCGAAAUUUUUGACUCAGAGAUGCUUGUACGAGCCCAGAAGCCUAUGCAAGCUGUGCGUCCCAUUCAUGAGAGGCUGUUGAUCCAGGAACAAUCACUUCUGGAACGGAUGCCCGAAUGCAAUGAUAUCCUUGGGGAGGCGAAUCAAGGAAUGAGACUAAUUGACCGCAUCUGGAGGUGGUUGUGCCCACCAUCCUUUGCCGAUGUUUUGAGGGGGGUGUGUUCCCUUCGUCAAGAGGGCACUGCAAAUUGGUUGUUCAAGCUCCCAGAAUACAACUCCUGGUUGGCAACCUCUCGGGGCGUAGACGGGCCAUGUGAGCGGCCUGGCCCUUGGCUCUGGGUUAGAGGGGUGCCCGGAACCGGCAAGACCGUUCUUGCCUCCGCAACGAUUUCCAAGCUCUCCGAGUUAGCCUGUCCGAAAACUAAUGGCUCAAAAGUUAUCUCGUACUUCUUUUUCGACCACGAUACCCCGGCGCGGAACUCGAUUCGCUCUGCGUACGCGUCGCUGCUGGUUCAGGUCCUGGAUCAAUGCUCCACAUCCCCCGAUAUCCUUGAUCUGUUCAGCUAUGCUAUGACUCGAAGGACUCGAGCACAAGAUCUUGCAACAAAAGAUGACAUGGCUGACAUACUCAAACUCUUGACACCCCUGUUGCAAGAUUGGUACAUCGUCAUAGACGCUGUAGACGAGUGCGCCGCGUCAGAAUCAUUCCUGAAAAGCCUCUUAGAUCUGAGGUUGGCUGGGAGGCCCAGGAUUCUGUUGUUCAGCAGACCAAAUGUCAGCUACCUUCAACGAAACGUACCUGCUGCUGACACGAUUACCGUGACGCCGGAGCUUGUGAACGCCGAUCUGCGCUGCUUUCUCUCAGUCCAUCUCGAGGAAAUGCAAAACUUGGAUCUCUUCCCCCGUGGUGCCGACCUUGACGAGCUGCUCUGUUUUCUUCUCACGGGCGCUGAUGGCAUGUUCAAAUGGGCGCAACUCAUGAUUACCUAUUUGAAGUCAGACGCUCUGGACAUUUCGUCCCGGUUGAGACUAAUCAGAGGCCUCAAAAGACCUGAAAAGCUCGAAGAUAUGUACAUGCGCAUACUUGACGUGAUCGCGCGGAAGCCUCGAGUUGAGCAAAUCUUUGCAAGGCGCCUGUUCGUGUGGCUUGUCUUCGCCAAAGGCGUCGGUCGUCUAGAUCAACUCCAGGACCUCCUUCAGACACUGAAAGGGAAGGUAGCCUGCGAUCUCACUUUGGAAGAACAGAGAAGCUACAAAUCCAAGUUCGCCAAUUUUGAGGACAGCAUAGUUGCGAUCUGUUCGAGCCUAGUUGAGGUGAAGUGGUCCGAAGAAGAGCCUCGACGCAGGGUCUGCCGCUUCGAUCAUUACUCCGCCCAUGAAUUUCUCAGGGUGAGGUGUUCCCAAACUAGCGUUGACGCUGAUAUCGGAGUGGCAGGCACCGAAUACCUCCAUCCCCCGAGGUUUGAGGCGGAAUCCGAGUUGCUAAUGGCCUGCUUUCAGUAUCGCCAGAUGCAGCAGUCUCACCGGCCGUCUUCCGGGAGCUCUUUCCAAGCAGUGUCCUAUACUAUCUUAGACGAUACUCGACCGUUCCUGAGAUACGCCACCUUAUUGUGGGUAGCACACCUAAAACAACCAUCGAAUGCUUCUGGCAAAACACUUGACGCCCUCAUACAAACGCUGGGCGCAUUCCUCGCUGAUGGCGUGGGCAUGUUGGCCUGGGUUGAAGCACUUUACAUCUACCAAGCAGACACCAAGAGGAUAUUUGACGACUUAGGUCGAUGGGCGUCCAAGUUACCCACUGGUCCCACCUCGUCCUCUGGCCCAUUUUCACAGAAGCUCAACGAUAUUGCCCACCUUGUACAUGCUUUGGUCUCUGACCUCCAUCAGCUGGACAAAGCGGGGAAGGCUAAACUUUUGAGAAAUCCGGGUCAGCUCUGGACCGAAAUCACGGCGUUCAGCAAUAGUCCAUUCUUUGCCCGACCCUCAGCGACUACUGCCCCGCAAGCUGUGCCGGGGGAAAGUAGGCUAUCAAGUGGUAGCUCCGCUCCUUUUGCCCAAAUAUCUCGUGAGAAGGCUGACGAAGACAUCCUCGCUAUUCUGAAAAUUUGGCCUUCUGCGGUAUUCGAGAGUGCAACAAGGAACGGCUACUCUCCUAAUGCUGGUGGAUCCAACGGAAUGUAUCAGGGAUGGAUUGCUCAAUAUCAGCUAUGGAGCAUACGGCCCGCCAACCCCGUUCUUAAUGAAGAAUGGGAUUUUCCCCUUGACGUGCAGGAGAUCUCAUCCUAUGUCGCUAUUGCUCAGAGUGCAUCUACCACUAAUUGCCAAGGAUUCUUCAAUUCUGCUUCCGCCGAGGCUGAUACUGUUCGCAUCAACCGGCAAUUCCCUAUCAGCAUCGGCCAGAAUCUCGACAUGUUCACCGUCCUGCACAAAGUUUAUGCUAGCCACAGAAAUCAUCUGUUCUCCUAUGAAACCGGUCGGACGAAUCUCUGUAAUUGGUAUUGCAAGCGACUCCCGAUUAUCUAUGACGCCAGGUCUGUUUCAGUGUUUCAGCCUCUGGAUCGCUGCGUACAAGACUCUCGCAGUAGUGGAGUCGCUUCGAGAGAGUCCCGUACUGUCUUCAAAGCUGGCAGGCCAGCAGCCUUCCGGAUCUUCGCCCACAAUGACCUGGUUAUUUACCAAGGUGUUGCAAGCAGCAGUUAUGACAGGGGACUAGACCACUACAGCGGCCGCUUCGUGAACGAGAGUUCCUUCAUGGCAAUCUUCAAGGUGGAAGCAUACGGCCGCGGUUGCAGCGUCAAAGUGGUCGCUGUUCUGGAUGGCCUGGACUUUGCAAAUGUCUUCAACAGUUGCACUUUCCAUCCGAGCCUGCCGUUAGUCGGACUCAUUUGGCACACUGGGACAUUUUACCACUGUGCUGCGCUCUGGAGCUUUGCAACCCCAAGCCGGGAAAGGAAAUUCGGAGCCAGCUAUGUUACGCCAAAAGAUUUCCAGAUUGAUACCGUCACCACAUCCACAGUGCUGGCGGAUUGCGGCCCGGUUGCCAGAGUCCAGUUUUCCGGAAGCGGUAGCGAACUGCUUGUCGAAUUCUUCUUUCACUAUCUUCCGAGCGUCCUCGACCUCGAAGAAAGCGCCGCAUAUCACGCUGCGGUGGCUGCGCGCGACAGCUCGAUGAAACAUAGAAUCGAACAGAUAUCAGGGUUCUCUCGCCGAGGUUGCUGUCUAGACGGAAACCAGACUCGUUUCCCAGGGCCCUUUGUUGCUCUGCAGCAGCAGGACGGACUUGUUGUCCAUGGGGACGAGGCAUUUUCUCGCUACGUCUCGAAACUCGAUCUAGCUCGACGGAACGUUGUUAAGCCAACCCGAGACGUGGAUUCUCACAAGGAACAGACAGUAUCGUCUCGGGCAGUGUCCAGUGAUGUUGAUCAUCUCCGGGUUAGUGUUUGCUCACCCACGAGGACCAGACAGGACAAGAUCGCGCUGAUUCUGAACCAAGCGAAAAGACCAGAUCAUGAAUUCAGCGGGUUGAUCAGAGAUCCUCGGCCAACGGCUAGCACGGGGUACGACCAAGCCAUGGCACCUUGCAAAUGGAUGCACAUUGGCUCUCUGCACCGCAAAGUACAAGAUGAGACGCAAGCUCUCCACGUGAGCAUUCCCACUGUGGAUGAUUCCUCCUCCUCCUCCUCCUCCUCCUCCUCCUCUUCGUCGUCGUCGUCGUCUUCUUCCUCUUCUUCCUCUUCUUCUCCUCCUCCUCCUCCUUCCUCCCCCCCUUCUUCUCUUCUCCAUGACCUGAACCAACAACAUACGACCAAGGGUCUGUUCUCACAUCAGAAACGACUUCGAUCAGCUUUGGGACGCGAGCCAUCCGAGGAAGCCGGACCAUCCAAGAGACUCCGUCUUUGA